GUGAUAUUUGAAAAUAUAAAUGCGAAAGACGAUGAAUCGCUUGCGUGGGGAAGUAUUCAUCUUCAGUGUGAGCGAAUUAUGCGACUACAUGAAGAUUUAGCUCGAAAAGGAUCAACAAAUGAAAAUACGACAACGUCAAUUUCUCGCUCAGCAUUUACUGUUUUUUCUUGUAGACCUGUGGUGCUUUUUUGUGAAUUACUUCUUCAUGCUGGUGAACUUCGUGAAUUCGUUUGUACUCAACAAUUGCCACUGGAAUCAAUUCCUCCAUCUUUCAAGGGUCAUUUAGUGAGAUAUAUUUACAAAUUGACACUGGGUGUGCAACACGUUAAAUCACCAAUAAAGUUAUUGAAUAUUCCGUUGCGAGUUAUUCAGUCUGAUUUGGGCAUUACUUUUCCUUCUGUACCGAAGUUGUCCAAUCCUUUUAUCGCAAAUAAAAAUACUGGGCCCUCUAUUAUUGAUCUAACCACAGAAGCCACCGAUUGCAUUACUGCCCCACAUGGUAGCUCAAGUUAUGCGAUUACAAAUUCCCGGGGGAAAGUCGCUAGUUUUUUUUUGAUCAAAAAAGCGUUUAAACUUGGCGAAGACAUUAUUGGAAGGUUUAUUUUCGACAAUUGCGAAGUAAGGUGCUUGCAGUACACCGUUAGUUUGCAAUCAGUUGAAACCUUGGUUGCGGAGAAUUCAGACUUGAAUUUAUCAAGUUUUAUUUCGACGCAUGUCACGGAACAUGCUGUUUGUGCUUAUUGGCGAGAGGCUCUCGUGAAACUUCAAAUUCCUUUAUCGGCAACUCCGACGUUUUAUACUGAUACUGUUCAUUUAAAAUGGCGAUUACAUUUCGAAUUUAUUACAAAUGAUGAUUUCAAGUUUGAUGUUGUUGAAGGUCUUUCUCAAGCACCAGAUAGCUUAAAUAUUGAAACAAUGACUUGGAAUCUUGAUAUCAAGGUGUUUCCUUGUAAUCCUCAUAAUGCUGCACUAACAUCGACGAAUUUCUUAUCGAUAUCAUCAAUGACAGUAUGA